AUGGCAGACCUGCCCUUCGAACAUCUCACCCUUUAUCACGUCGUCGACCCAUGUUUAUCAUCCAUCCUCGUCUUCUAUGGUGCUGUUUCCACUGCCAAUGCCACUGUGAGCAGUUCCCGCAUCCAGGCCCACAUAUUCACACCCGCUGGGUUUCAAAGUUAUCCUCGAAUUACGGUGUCACCGGCUGCCCCCGUGUAUGCUGCGGUCAACCAUCUACCCCGCGAAAAACAAGGAGAUGAAGUGUGUCGCGGACUUGCCGUCAGCAUGCUGAGGUAUUUUGCCGAGCUGUCUGAACCGGUUAAGCACCGCCUGACUGGGGUGGCUCGCGCUGGAAGACCCGGGGGGAAGGCGCCCAAGAUGUUCGAUGAGAUGCAUGCUGCGGAUCUGGCCAACCGUAUGACAAAGGUGGACGACCCAUUGGAAAUCAUUCAGGAUAUUCGGAGUUCAUAUCAAGAACGUAAGGUUCCAUGGAUUGACAUCGAUGUGGUACUUCCUAUGGGCACUAUACAACCAGUCUCCCGGCGAGAGAGUGCGGGAUCGGAGCUUGGGGAGAGUCAGAAUCCCCAGUACGGCCCAUAUACACCCCUGAUAGAAGCCUUGGGAGAUCCUAUGUUUUUGCCAACGUCUCGACUGAAGCGUGCGCCGUCCCAGCCGACCAAUGUCAGCAAAUCGCGGCUAUUCGCAAGAAGCCAGAAAGAAGCUCUUCGUCUUACCAUGUGUGAGCUUGUGGAUACCGAAGAAAGAUAUGUCGCCAAACUGUACUCUCUCGUCCAUGAAGUAGCCGACGAAUUUCGGCAAAAGGCCGUGGGCAGAGGGCCAUCCAGCAACAGUCCCGACGAGGCAGCUUUGGCGGCAUUAUUCCCGCCCUGUUUGAAUGAAAUUCUGGAAGUCAACCUCGGCUUCCUCAACGUCAUUCGACAAGUGCUCGAUGAAACCGAGAAAGAUGCCAUCACAGAUAUUGGCCAGGACACGGAGCUCCCUUCCAAGCAUCGGGGUCUGCCCAGAGACAGAGCGGAUCCGCUUGGAGCUCUGGCAUUCGCAAAGGCUUUGUUUGAAUGGCUACCACAAUUUUCACAGCCUUAUGGAGAGUACAUGCGAGCACAUACAGGUUUUACACAAACUCUGAAUUCGUUCAUGAAAGAUAAGAACUCUAGCUUUUCAAGGAGAGUAUAUGAGACGGGGGAGCAAAGAUUGCGCUCUUUGUUGAUGGAACCCGUUCAGCGACUCCCUCGAUACAGCCUGCUGAUUGACACUAUGACUAGCAAUCUGCCCUUGGUCCAUCCCGCCGUGCGAACUUUGCUGAAAGCACGAGACAUCGUUAAGGAUAUCUGUGCACUGGAGAACAAUUCCCCCUCGAGCCACGCCCAAAGCCUUCAACGCCUAAAAGAGCUGGUCAACGGAUGGCCGGCGAAGACAUUUCCUGAAGGACGGCUGAUUACUGCAGUCGACUUCAACGAGAUAACCCCUCCCUACAAUCUAGAGACACAGUCGUUUGAAAACUGCACAGGGAUCAUGCUUCUUUACAAGAACUGCCUGAUCCUUCUAGCAAAGCCCGCCGAAAGCCGGACCACAGCUCGUGGUGUGCUGGCUGACGUCGACAAUGCGGCUGCUUCAACCGGUGAUAUGUCCACAUCUUUACCACAAGCUGAACUCCAAGUCGUGCAGGUUCUAGACUUUCACAACGUGCGUUGUAUGCAAUCUGCAUGUGGUCGGAUUUUAUUUGUUGCACCAACUUCAGCCAAGUCCUUGACAGAUGAGACAAGCGCCGGAGCUGACCUGCUUGCAUUGGAAUUGGCUGGAAUAUAUGAAGGAAGGGCCAACCGACUAAUUGAAGAAAUGUGCAAAGCGAAGAUUGAGGGUCGAUUCCCCGAGAGUGAAAGAGAAGGAGGCAAAUGGACACUACGAAGCCCUCCCACCGGAGCUGCGAGUAACGUAGGGAUACUGGCCUGUGUGUGUGAGGACGGUGAAAGUGCUGCGCUCAAUCAGAUCCUGUCAUCCCCCAUACGGAUUGUUUUCGAUGCUUCCAAGACAACUUGUGGUCAAAUGUUGAGAGAUUCCAAUCUUGAGGUCAUCAUAUCGAUAUCUCCUCCAAAUGGAGAUCAACACAGGCUAGACAUCAAUUCAGUGGUUGGAUCUGGGUCUACAGAUUUGAUCACGGUGGAAACCUUCAUUCCUACUCUUUCACGGCGUCUUCAAUCUUUACUCUCGCCUCUGCACAGCCCCCGAAACCCAGCAUUGACAGAUCCAAUGGUUCAUGCCAAUUUUGAAAUCCUUCGGUAUAUCGCCAGCAAUUUAAUCACGCAGGUCAAGUCUUCGCGGGGAUUCCGGCCACCUUCACCGACCAAACUGAUCUCAAACCUGUUGGGGGGUAGUCGUGAUAAUGUGCCGAGCCUCAAAGGGCAAGGAUCGGCCGCUCUUACCGGCGAAUUCCCCAAAAUGCCCCCGCCAAGAAGCACUCUGUCUAGAUCGAACACUUUGCCUUCGACAUUCCCCGGAAAAGACAAAGAGAAGGACGGCGACAAAGACAAAGAGAAAGAGGAAAUUGGAAACAAAAUAUCUGUUGUCGGGGGAUCCGCCAAUGGAUUAGAUACUCAGUUUGGGUUGCUGGAGCAAACAUUUGCUGCCUAUGUACUUUCUCUGCAGUCUCGGAGUGGGAACAUACUGGGUCGAAUGCUUCGCGUCAGAGAUCAGGUUGACCGGGCGCCGGUCAAUGAGCUCUACAACAUUUUGCUGGAAGACCCAAGCAGAAUCCAGGCUGCCGCCGAAGUGCCAGUUGAUACGCUUUUCGUCGCAUUUGAAACCUUCUUGGCGAACGCUUGGAGACGAAGCAUGGGCCCUAUAUUGAGCUCCUCUUCUCUUAAAUGGGUACAGAGCCAGUUUGACACCAUGAUACCUCGAGAUUUUGAUGAGCAAUUCCGGAAUUUUGUGGCAGAUAUGAGCCCGCAAAAUAGACGAGCUCUAGCUGCGAUUAUUCGACUACUUGCCGAGCUACUAGAUGCAUCUGGAAAUGACGGAGAUCGCGGUGCCUUGACGAUGGCAUUUGCGGAAGUACUCACUGAAGACGGAGAUCCCAGCCAUCAUGUAUCCCUUUUGGAUCGACUGGUUGAAGACUUUGACAACCUCUUUGAAGAAUUCAUUCCUGGAGGUACCUCUGUGGAAGGAACACUGACCUGUGAUCAAUCGAAAUCGCAUACUAAUACUGGGUCAGUCGGUUCCAACUCCUCCUCUUUUCGCAAACGCUUUGGCUUUGGUAUGCAUAGGGAUACCUCGAAAAAUGACGGCGAAAGCAAAGUCGCAGCAAUUCUACGGACAUUGAGCAAGAAGCAAAGCCCAGCCGGCUCUGAACCCAAUACACCCAAGGGCUCUCUAAUGCGUUCCAAGUCGACUGAUGUAGAUGCUCGUCCGGGGUUCCUUAGCCCUACAUCUCGCGAUCGUCCUACGUCCCGUGAUAGUCCCACAUCCCGUGAUCGCCCUACAUCCCGUGAUCGGCCAUAUCGUCCGCACGGGUUCGCCUCUGAGGAGCAAAUCUUGAGGCCGGGCACUGGGUACGAAAACCCGCCUUCUCUAUCUUCUUUCCGAGAAGUCUCUGAAGAUGUCAUGCCACGGACUCGCAGAAAGCGAAGGAGUUCUCUUUCGGAUCUACGACAACCCACAUCAUCACCAGAUGCAUAUAGUAUCUCUCCGUCUAAACAGCUCCACCCGAUGACCCCUUCUAGCCGCCCGCGAGGAGAAGUGGUAACACCCACCAAGCAGUCCAGACCUCAAAGCAGUUACAUAGCAACAUCCCCCAUGCGCGUUAAAUCACCAAUGUGUUCUAAGCCGCCAGCAAAAUCCAGUCCACCGACGCGACUGAGAUCACCCACUCGCCGUCUGUCUCCGCCCCGUCUGUCUCCGCCGAGCAGGAAGGAGAACGUUGAUCCCAGGAACACACAGUCGGAGCGCACAACCAAGUCCAGGAGCAGAGUAUCAGAGUUGCCAGCAGAAGUGUCAAGGAGGAGAUCUCAUAUAUCAGGCAUUCCUCAGCGGACUCCGGCCCUUCGGGAGCGGCCAGCCAUUAACACUUCCGAUACUAAGCGGCCACAAUCUAUGUCUUUCUUGCAGAAACCGCAGAAACUGCGGAUACAAAGCCCAAAAAAGCUACGUGAUCGUGUUCAACUAGAAAAGAAGACCCAAAACUCAACUCAAUUGGGCCUGAAAGACGAGCUUACAGAGCUUGGUAAUGAAUUACGUUCUCUGAGGCUCACGUCACCAAGGAAAUCCAACGCAAUGAAUCUGGGGCUUGGUUUUGACCGUACAGACACCAAUCCACAUUCCGCUACCACCGCAUCCCUUGAAGCUCGCAUGCGCAAUCUUGAAACCCGAUUUGAGACGCUUACCUGGGAAUACAAUGGCCGCACAACCGCUCUCGAGCGAGACCUGGAGUCGUCCUUGAUUCUUAGCGAGAAGCGCGUAAAGAAAUUGGACGAACUUUAUCGCGAGGCAAGCGCUGAGAACGAGGCUCUUUAUGAUCGGUUUAACACCGAGCUCAGCAAGAUUGCAAAGGAUGUCCGCCUGGGCCAAGCAGAAGACGCCUUGAAAUCUCAACUGGCAAGUGCUCUAGACGAGAUCGGCCGAGUGAAGAAAGAAAACUUCCGCUUAAAACGAGAAGUCGGGGGUCUUCGAGCCCAAUCAGCUGCCGCUGCACUACUCAAGACGAGUGAGCAAUGA